AUGGCGGACAGCGAUGAAGAUACGUUCGCAAGUUUUGGAACUCCUUUCGAAAUUCUGGAAGAAGAUGCCCCGCGUAAAAAGGCUGUUCCAAUACAUGAACAAAUUGUUACCGAUACUGAAGGAAGACGGAGAUUUCAUGGCGCCUUUACUGGCGGAUUUUCAGCUGGUUAUUUUAACACAGUUGGCACGAAAGAAGGAUGGCAACCUUCAACUUUCGUGUCUUCACGAUCGAAAAAAAUGGAACAAAGAGCGCAGAGACCUGAAGAUUUUAUGGAUGAAGAAGACAUUGGAGAGUUUGGAAUCGCUCCCAAACGAAUCACUACAAAGGAAAAGUUCUUGGUAUUAGACCGAGAGCCUCAAAGCCGUAAACGGGUAGUAGAAGCGGAUGACGCGCUAAGAGUUAUUCCUGGAGAACCUGUGUUACAGGAUCUUGUCCUUCCAGUGAAGAUGUCUGUCGGUGUUGAACUGUUAAAGAAGAUGGGUUGGAAAGAGGGGCAAGGAAUUGGACCUCGUGAGAGAAGAUCAAAGAAAAAGGUAAUUAUAAUGUUGAGAUUAUGUUUUUUACUUUUCGCUCUUCAUGUUUUAUUCUUGCAUUUGUAAGUUCAAUAAAUUGAAUUACAGUGGCAGGAUUAGCUCAGUCAGAAGAGCACUUGACUACAGAGCGGAAGGUUGAGGGUUCGAUUCCCGGGGAUGGACAAGUACUCAGAAAUAACUGAGAAAAAAAAUAGCCGUCUGUCCAGUCGCCAGUAGGAAAUGUAAAAGUAGUGCCAUCAAUUAGUACUUUUGUGCUUAAUACAUUAACACUCAAAUAAAUUGCAUCAUUAUUAUUCUUUUUUUUGGUGAACCAAAGUAAUUAAUGCAGUCUUGAGCUCACUCAAACUAUCAUCCAAUAAAAACUAGAGAGGCACUGAUUGCCUCAAAAAGCUGAUGAGCCAUAAAUUUUUAAUUCAGAUAGCAGAAGAACCAUUCCUAAUUAAAAUCAUUAAAAUCCCAUACUCUGGUUAUUCUCAUGUUAUUACUACCCACAAGAAGCAUGACAAUAGCUUUCUCUUCAGGUUUAUGGUUGUUCCCUUCCACCUGGGCUUCCAUCCCAAGCAAUGGACCCUAAUCAGGAAGAAGAAGAAGAAGAUAUUUUUGCCGUUGGUCUUCUCUUUGCUCCAAAAGAUAUUGAUGCCUUUACCUUUACUCCAAAAGACAACAAGCAUGGAUUGGGAUAUAAAGGUUUGGAUCCAUCAACUGCAUUGAUCAGUCGAGAUGACUGGCUUGGAAUUGAUCCUGUAUCAAGCAGAGUAGGAAAGAAGGGCAUCACUGGGGAGGUACGAUUAAACUAAUUGAGCCCCAAUAUCCACAUACAAAUUCUCCAAACUGAUCUCCGUACAUUUUCUUUAAGAAUAAUUUAGUUUAGAGAAUUUGAUAAAAGAUCAUGGCAUUUUCUCUUUGGUGAUCAUUUUAUUAAUUCUCAUAACUUUAUCUCUUGACAAUGUAUGGAUAUUGUUGGGAGAAAUAAUUAUUGUUGGUUACUAUCGGCACCUAAAGGGUUAAGCCCAACUUCAUAAUAGCUGUGGUCACACUACAGACUUUUACCUAGGUAAAACCGAUUUACCUAGGGCAAAUUCAUCAAAAAUCUCCCGAGGUAAAUUCAUCGCGGGUUUCGUUUUACCCAGGUAAAAAUUUUGGGAAGGUCACACUACUGAUAUCGGCUCCCAAAGUUUUCACGCCAGUUGGAUUCUUUGGAGGGUAAAUUGAAGAAAGCAAAAUGUGCAGGGAUCUAGCUGAUCAAAGAGACGUUUUUUCUUUUAUCUCGCUGUUAUUUCUUACGCUAAUUCAACGUGCAAGAUGAAGAAAGGCGAAGACGUAGACGACUCGUGUCCCCAAAAUUUCUUUACAGCGUGAUCUAUGUCCGGUUCUGUCAUCAAGACCUUCGCCGAUGAGCGUCUAUUGGCUAGCAACCUCGGUAUUUCACUUUUCCCUAGCUAUUGCUUUGGGGUAACUGUCAAGGUAAACUCUAUUGUUUUCGAGACAUAUCCAAGACCCAGACGAUAAAAUUUCCCCAAGGUAAGUUACUUAGGGAAAAAUCGGUCACACUUAAAAAAUCAAGUUUCCCUAGGUAAACUGUCAACAAGUCGUGUUUACCUAGGUAAAAAGUCUGUAGUGUGACCACAGCUAAUAAUAGACUUCGUGUCCUACAAUUCAGGGAGUAAUUCAGCAAGUAAUUUUAAAUUGGCCAGUUUGAAUACCCCUGAAUUGUACAUGAGCUCUAUUCGAAAUCACAGGUAUGAUUAAGACCAAAAGUGCACAACACAAUGCUCAAUAAUUACUGCUUUUUGUCAUCCUGUAACAUGUCUUUUUUCUUGACAGUCAUAUUAGCUCAAUCACUAGAUUUCCUUAGCUGAUGUAAUUUGGUUUCAAAAAUUGAAAACUUUUGUUAUGAAGUUAUGAGGAUGUGGGUCAGCUUACAAGGAACAUGUGGAUUUCUUCACGUAUUCUAUUUGUUGGUCGAUUAUGAUGUGUAUCAUUGACUUUGUGUGACAAUAUACAUUAAAACCAAUAUGAGAUAGGACAGCAUUAAGAUAUGACAUUAUUGCAGUUGUGUUUGUUUCGUUCAAAAUUAAGUGUCAGAAGGUUGUAUGACUUUGAUUUAAAUGAAGCUAUUGAUGUUUAUGAUUAUUUUUCUCACAUAAAUGUUCUAUUGCCAUUGUAAAAGUUUUGAAUACCUUAAUUAACCAAAGUUUCAGUUUGUGAUAGUGCAAAAAUUAGGUGACUUGUGUUCCAAAAUUUACGAAAAUCACUACAUUUAAGUGCCCGCUAAAUAUUGCUAAAUUAAUGUGUCGCCAAAAUUUCAUGUACUGUGUAAUGAGGUACAGCUUGAAUCAUGCUUUGGGAGACAAGGCCACAUAUACAAACUACAUGUAGUUUGCUGUAAUAUUAUUGUACUGUGCAUGUAGAGUCAUAAUGUGAUACAUAAUAUUAGUAUUCUGAGUAUGCAAAAGGAAAGGUUUCCAAUGUUAUUGCUUGUUUAUGCAUGUAGGCCUUUGGUGUUGGUGCAUUUGAAGAGGAUGAUGAUGACAUAUAUGCAGUAGAUUACAUGUCAAACUAUGACGCAGAGCUGACAGCUGAUCGUAGUUCGGGUUUGCAUGGUUGGACUGGUCCCCCUAAAGAAAGUGCCAGAGGUUAGUUCUUUUAAUUUCUCUUUGCUAAAACCCAUCCCCAGUAGAUGAACAUGGAGAAAUAGACUGUGAAUGCGGCUGUCUCGCCUCGCUUCUCCACACCAGGAAUGUUUUUCAGGAGAGACGUCUGCACUGGAAUGGCAGAAAUGCCAUGUUAAUGACAUAAAUUUUUUAAUAAUUACAUAAUUGAUCUGGAAGGCUGGGAUUUUAAAUGUACAUUUGGUUCACCUAGCUGUUGGGGGUGCCAUACCUAAGGAGUAUCAGAUGGUUUUGUUUUUUAGACUGAUGAAGUUUGCUGCCUCUACAUCAUGAUCUGCUCAGUCGAUAUGAAUGCUAUAACAAAGGGAAAAAGGGACAUACCGGUACAUUGAAGUGCUUAGGAGGAAGUUGCCUGCCAAAUUACACAGGAUACCAAGUAGCCUGCGAGCAAGCUCUCCAGGGCACUCUGUUGGCGGGGUAGGAAAAGGAAGGAGAGCUUGCAAUAAUGUCUCUGGAAUUUGAAUAUCUGCUUCGAAAAAGUUGAUGUGAAAUGCUGAUUGGUGGAGAUGACACUAGUAUUGACGUCAUUACCUUUUUUAAGUGUUUACAUUCACACUUGUUUCUGCUUCGCACUGAUUGGCGGAAUUCUGACAGCUCACUCGACGGGGAGCCAGAGAGGAAUUGGAGGUGGAAUUAAAAUUUCAGAGACGUAAUUGCAAGCUCUCCUUCCUUUUCCCUCCGUGCCUCCAGAGUGCCCCAGAGAGCUUGCUCGAGGCUAGACACCAAGUGUAGCUGAUGUUUAAGCGCACUUGCACCCAACAUAACCUUGUUUGGUUGUCAGCUCCUUGUACUCUCUCAUUCUCCCUACCUUUGAGAACAUUUUGUGAGAGAGAUGUUUUCAUUCAUUUUAGCUUCAGCAAUUCCAUACUGGUGACAUAAAUCAAUGUUUUCGCAGCUACUCUGGUAGUUGUGGGCUUCCAUAGGCAUUAUUCUUUUUAGCACUUUCUUUUUCUCCCCGUUAAUUAUCAAGCGGACAGAUAGUAUGUCAGUCUAUCAAAAGGCUGGAUUUGGGAUAGUAGUAGAGUUUUACUAGAUGAAUGCUCUAAAAAUAAAGUGGUUUUCUUUGUAAAGUUUACUCUUAAAUGCUUAUUUAUUUGCCUUUAGGUGGUGCACUGUCAAUUUUCACAGCCACAUCCAAAGCUAUGGAUGCCAUGAAAUCCUUUCCUCCACCUGUGGUCCCACGAGACUUCAACUGCACUCACACAUUUUCCAGUGCUACAACGGUGACAGCCCCAAAAUUAGAAGAAAAUAAUCAAAUAAGAAAGUCUUUGACUGCUUCAGACAGAGGGGAAAUGCUUGGUGAAGAACCAAUCCCCACCCCUAAGAAAUCCGUUUUUGAGUUUAUGUCUAAAGAGGACAAAGAACGUAUUUUGUUGUCUUCGAAGGAGGUGGUACCCACUACUUCCAGUUUGCCACCUACGGCUGUGAGCUCUGUGUCAAGUACCUCAGUCAAUUUGUCCUCGAGAAUCUGGUCUGGACAUAGUAGUUUUAAGCCAUUUGCAAAAGAUGCAGCUAAACAAGCAAGGUACGAGGAGUUUUUGAAGACGCAGAGAGGAGAACAGGUCUCCCAAAAGCUUAUUGACAGGUGAGUCAAAUGUAUUUUGUGCUUUGGCUUAUAGCUAAGAACGUGCCCUAGACAGUUGGUGGCAGGGCUUACUUAGUAAGCAGAGGUGCUGCCCUGAUCAGACUGCUAGAGACGCACAAAAACAGAUGGAGCAAUAUUUCAUGUAGCCGGCGCGAAAAAACGCGCGCGAACUUAUUUCGCUCUUGCCUAGUCCCUGUACAGCGUUUUCCCUCACAUUUUCGCUUGGACCACGUGACCCGAAACGCUUUGGCCGCGCGGAAUAAUGAGCCUAGGGACUAGGCAAACUUCGGUUAGGAUUGUUUGUUUGUUUUUGUUGUUAUUUUAGUGUUUGGCUGUUGAUAUUAGAGAUAGCUCUCCCAGUGAGGCAAUCACAACCACAUUCGGCANCUAAACAAGCAAGGUACGAGGAGUUUUUGAAGACGCAGAGAGGAGAACAGGUCUCCCAAAAGCUUAUUGACAGGUGAGUCAAAUGUAUUUUGUGCUUUGGCUUAUAGCUAAGAACGUGCCCUAGACAGUUGGUGGCAGGGCUUACUUAGUAAGCAGAGGUGCUGCCCUGAUCAGACUGCUAGAGACGCACAAAAACAGAUGGAGCAAUAUUUCAUGUAGCCGGCGCGAAAAAACGCGCGCGAACUUAUUUCGCUCUUGCCUAGUCCCUGUACAGCGUUUUCCCUCACAUUUUCGCUUGGACCACGUGACCCGAAACGCUUUGGCCGCGCGGAAUAAUGAGCCUAGGGACUAGGCAAACUUCGGUUAGGAUUGUUUGUUUGUUUUUGUUGUUAUUUUAGUGUUUGGCUGUUGAUAUUAGAGAUAGCUCUCCCAGUGAGGCAAUCACAACCACAUUCGGCAGGUCCGGUGCCAAACGCGUUUGUCCCCGUUUGGUAGAAAACUUAGAAGAAAGUACUUUAGACAUUCUUAAAAUUACUGUUAUUAUUUUUAUUUUACUGCAGUGGGCUGACAGAGUGGGAGCGAGAGAGAGAACAAGAAGAAUUUUCGCGCUCUGCUGCGUUGUACCGACCCCUUAACACAACAAUGGCGGCGAGAUUUACAACUGCACAGUAUCAAGACGACCACAGAACUGUUUACGAGGACGUUCCUGCGCAGGAAUCUUCAGACUCAACAGAUCAAAUUAAGGCCGCCAGCAUGAAAAUGUUUGGAAAAUUAACUCGCGAUAAUUUUGAGUGGCAUCCACACAAAAUCUUAUGUAAGCGUUUUAACAUUCCGAACCCUUAUCCCGGUUCCGAUGUUGUUGGUGUUCUUAAAGUACGAAGGUCUAAGUUCACUCUUGGAGAGUUUAUAACGCCAGUUAAGCCUCAUUCUAUAACUAACGACCCGUCCACGAGAUCUGGCGAAGAUAGCCAAUCCGACAAACUCGGUAAAAGGUCUGAAACUGCCGUGAUAAGUAACACGUUACCGAAGACUUCAGAAUCAGUGUCGGUGACAUCUGAGUUAGUAGCAAGAACUUCUGCUGAAUCUUCGUCAACAACCAAGUCUGUCUCACCAGAAACUAAUGUAGGAGUAACUGAUGUACUGGAAAGUACAGGAGAAGAGAAAACCGCUGAAGAACCACAAAAUAACGAGGACAUAUCUGCUCCCAAGCGACCACCAAUGGAUUUGUUUAAAGCGAUAUUCGCUGAUUCGUCAUCGGACGAAUCCGAAGCGAGUGAGGAAGACGAAGAUGACGAUACUGAACGUUUAUCGAUCCAGGCUUCGGGUGAUCAAACAGGCAAUAAAGAGGCUGUGAAUAACAAUAGUGAAGUAAACAAGGAGUCAGAUUCUCAUAUUACUCAACAGAAAAUGUUAGAUGAAGGCUUGUCUAAAGUGAAACAUAACAAAGAAGAACUCAAGCCUACUGAAGCCGAGCCUGUAAACGUGAAACCUCUUGAAGCGGAGAUACGGGAAACAUCUCCUGAUAUAUUUGGUCCAGCUCCUCCUCCCAUCGUUCAGAACAUCGAGUUUUCAAGUCCUCGCUCUAGAGUAAAACACAACAGAGACGGAGCUUAUAGCAAUGGAGACUUGGAAAGUGCAAGGCGUACUAAGAAAGACAAACGUAAGGACGCAAGAAAGCGUUACUCUGAAUCAUCGGACAGUGAGGAAGAGUACAAGUCAAAACGCAAACAUAAACAUAAGGAGAAGAAGAGACACAAGCAUAAGCAUAAAAGCAAGAACAGACAUCACGGCGAAGAGAGGGAAAAACACAAACUAAGUGACAAAAAAGAUACCCAAACAAAUGAUUCCAGACAGGCUGAAAAAAUUUCUUUGUCAGAUGAUAAGCAGAUUCUAAAUAAGUUGAAGAAUUUACAGAGUUUAAAAGCAGGGAAGAGGAUGCGCGCGAUGGAUUUCAUGUGA